AUGACGGCCAAGCCGUUGAAAGCGCGCGCGGCGUCCUUGAUGUCCGAGACUGACCACGAGUCGGACGACGAGGCUGUGUUGCCACUCGGUGAUCCGGCCGAUGUGACCAAGUCUCUGCCGCAACUCCUGCAUGAAGGCAAGAAAGCGCUGGUGCUACAGCAGCUUCAAACAGGUCCCGUCACUCUGGACGAGCUCACCGCAACGUUCGACGAUGCGACCGUCUUGGGCAUGGCGGCCUUUCUCGGAUAUGAAGAUAUCGUAGGCGACGUGUUGGCGCGCCAAGAGGUCUACGACGUCCCCAAGUACAUGGUCCUCGCCGCUUUCAAAGCGAUCGAGAAGAAUCAAGUGCGCACGCUGCAACUCUUGUGUGCGGCCAACCCGCACUGGAUCCCAUCGCUGCAAACGCCGUUCACCGAGAACGUCUGUCCUCUCCUGCACUUUGCGGCCUUCUUCAGCGCCAACGCUGUGCUCGCGUGGGUCCUCCAGCAGCCGCUGCCGACCGGCGCCGUCAACGCAAUGGACGACACGCGACAAACACCACUGUAUUUUGCAAACUACGAGUCUAAUUUCCGGGGCAUGAAGCUGCUCUUGCGUGCUGGCGCCAACGUCCACGAAGUUGACCAACAAGGCCAUUCGGCACUGUGCGCGACGCUCUUGAGCGUCCACAACCUCGACGGCGUCAAGCUCAAGAUCGUCAUGCUUCUCUUCGCGUAUGGGGCCGACCUGCACCCGCGCGAAGUUGGGAGCAAGAAGAUGUACACGGGGUUUGGUCUCUCGCAAGCGUCGCGCGUCUCAAAAAGUGGCCAAGUCCACGCCCUCUUACGACACGAAGAUGCCUUUCGACGGGAGUUUCCGCUGCACUGCUUGGCCCGCGACAACAAUGUGAGUGGCGUCCGCGCCUGGCUGGACGAGACGCUCGCAGCCACCCACGUCAACGCAUACGACGACGAUGACGACGAGGAUGCAGCAGAGCCCAUGACGGCGAUCAAUGCCGCCCUGUCUGCACCGGACAAGGAUGGGAAAACGGCGCUGAUCUAUGCGGCUGACGCCAUCGACGGCGCGGCACCGACCCAAGUGCUCGAGAUCCUCCUUCCGCACGCUUCGACGGCAUCGUUGAUGGUGCAGGACAAGAACGGGCGAACUGUGCUCGACUGCCUCUUGGAGAAGGACCUUGUGUGCAACGCCAACCUGGAUGAUGCAACAAACGCAGCCAUUCUGCGCGUCAUGCACGUCCUAACGCGCGAGAAAAUGGUGGCUCUCGACUUUGUCUCCAGCGCGUCGGUCCCACGGCAAGGCACGCAGCCCCUCACGUGCACCGGUGUUUGCUCCGAGACGAGCCAGUUGAGCAGCACCACCUUGCCCCAGCUCGCCGAGAAGCGAAAAUGGAGUGAGCUCGAGCGUCGGCUGGAAGCUUCAAACGAUAUCAGCACCAUCAACGAGUACGAUGCCAAGGGCCACACGGUGCUCUAUCAUGUGUGCGACGCUGGCAACGAUGGGCUCUUGGCGUUGCUGCUCCAGCAGUCCACACUCAACGUCAACCUUACCAUGCGCGACUCGAGCGAGACCGCCGUCGCAUUUGCGAGCGCUCGUGGCCACGAUGAGUGCGUGCGGUUGCUUUUACGAGCCGGUGCGCACCACGGCAUUCGACUCGAAGCUUCGGCCAAGGACCUCCAAAUGUACACGUAUGACAGAGCCAAGCCGAGCCGCACGCUGCUUCAUGAGAGCUGGCUACUGGAAAAGGCGUACCCCGACUACCACCUCGCUCGCCUCCUCAAUGUUCACGAGGCCGAGAGGCACAUCGAGGCGCUCGAGACAGCCUUGCACAUUGCAAUUACGAACGAACUACCCGAGAACGUUGUCGAAUCAUUGCUGGGGCAGCACAGCGCGGAUGUCGACGCCCAAACCAAGAUUACGGGCGAGACGGCGCUCAUGAUGGCGGCCAAGCAAGGUUGCAUGCGCCUUGCUCAAGUUCUCUUAGAGGCAGACACUGAUGUCGACGUUAUCGACGCCAACAAGUGCACAGCGCUACUGCAUGCUGCGGUACUGGGGCACGUGGGAAUUGUCGAACUGCUGCUUGUGUAUCGCGCCGACCUCGAUCCCAAGCUG